UUAUUAUCUGGCUCUCUGUACCGGCUCUGUCAGUGGGUAUAUAAGUACCGUCAGUGCUGGAGAGGUCCCACUCCUGAAGAAAUUCCAAAAUGGUCAACAUUAGCUGUGCCUUGUUGAUAAUUGUGCUCGCGCUGGCCUCAGCAGACGCCACGCUCAUCUUCGACGCAUCUGACGUAAAAGCGACGCCGGGGACGUCGCUGGCACUCUCCUGCGGCGUCAAGGAGGACUUUCGCUUGUGUUUCUGGGACCACGAAGACGGAAGGAGCUUCCAGGUUGAGGAUGUCCACGCCGGCGUCCACCCGGGGUUGAGAGCGCCGGAGGACCUCAUCGACAACCAGUGCGGCGUCGUCAUCGACUCCGUCAGCGUUGAGGACUCAGGGGCGUGGACCUGCAGGGUCUUCCUGGCUGACAACGGCGGGGAACUACGCAAUACCAAGAUUGUCGCUGCUUGUCAUGACCCCUUCACAUACGUCAGUGGCGGCUGCUUCUACUUUCACUCGACAGAGGGACUGAGCUGGUCACAAGGAAGAGACUACUGCCAGAGUCUGACAACUUCAGAGUAUUACUCUGAUCUGGCAACAGUACAAAGCUGUGACCAGCUUGGUGAAAUCUGGCAACACAUCGUCAUAAAUUACGAAAAUCCACCAAUGUUCUUCAUUGGUGGAACAGACGUUAACGAAGAGGGUAACUGGCACUGGGUCACCGGGGGCACUGUGCCCAGAAGUGCCCCAUUCUGGUACCCACGUCACCCUCAAGUAGAUACCACCAGGAACUGCUUGUAUAUACAAGCAGCUUCAGGGUAUUUCGCUGAUGCCUCCUGUUCCUCUGUGAUUCCGUGCAUCUGUGAGGAAUUUAGCUACGAUACAGGUCUUGAACUGUGAGAAGAAAUGUAUGUAUGACGCUAGUUCGCUUGGAGGGGAUGUGUGAACAGGAUGGGAGAUUGGAUAUGUGGACAGGAUAUAAGCAAGAAUAUUAGAACAGGAUAAGAGCAUGAAUAUGUUGACAGGAUAGGGGGUUGGGUAAAGGGUUGAAGAAACAAUGCCCAACCACUUUCACCUUCGGGGCUCGAACGUCGACAGUACACGAAAUGAAGCCUCCGCUCUACACACCAGGAGAGAUGAUGUCACUGUCCUCAGAUUCUGGUUGUAAACAACUGCAAAAAAGCUCCACUAACUACAAUUUUGUAGCAGAAAAUAAACUAGUGAAUCAGA